AUGCGGAACACCCCCAAAGCCACUCGCAAGGCGGCCGAGAUUUAUUGCAAGCCAUUCUGCGACUUCAUGACGAAAAACCCUACCGUCUUUCAUGCUGUCGAUUCGCAGAAGAAAGAACUGAUCGACGCGGGCUAUGAGGCACUGGACGAGCGAAAGAAGUGGGACAUUGUGCCAGGUGGCAAGUACUUUGUCGAGCGUAAUGGCUCGUCGCUGCUUGCCUUCUCCGUUGGCGAGAAUUACAAGGCUGGGAAUGGAUGUGCAAUUAUCGCUGGACAUGUCGACGCAUUGACCGCGAAAUUGAAGCCAAUUUCCGAGGUCCCUAACAGGGCCGGCUAUGUGCAGCUCGGCGUUGCACCCUACGCUGGUGCAUUGAACUCCACCUGGUGGGAUCGAGAUUUGGGCAUCGCGGGGCGUGUGCUGCUCAAGGACGGCGACAAGAUCGUCACGAAGCUCGUGAAUCUGAACUGGCCCAUUGCACGGAUUCCGACGUUGGCACCGCAUUUUGGAGCAGCGGCAGCUGGGCCCUUCAACAAGGAGACACAGAUGGUGCCAAUCAUUGGCCUGGAGGGGACGGAGACCAGUGCCAUUGACCCGCAAAACGUGGAGCCCUUCAGCCAGCCUUCGAUUAUCGGCGGGGAAUGGGGUGGGCUGGGGCAUUUCGCCAACACCCAGCCUCGAGCGCUUGUAGAGGCGGUCCGAAAAGAGCUCGGCAUCGCCGGAAUGAAGGACGCACCGACUAUUGUGAACUGGGAGCUAGAGCUGUACGAUGUCCAGCCGGCAACUGUCGGCGGGCUUAACAAGGAGUUCAUCUACGCCGGACGCCUCGACGACAAACUGUGCUCCUGGGCAGCCAUGCAAGCCCUCCUCUCCGGCCGGCAAUGGAACGACGCGAAGUACAGCUCCGUCAUCAAGAUGGUAGGCUGGUUUGACGACGAAGAGAUCGGGUCGAAACUGCGCCAGGGCGCGGCCAGCAACUUCCUCCCCAGCACCAUCGAGCGCAUCGUCGGCUGCCUCGGCAAGGGCAAGACGGGCCCCAACCUCGUCGGCCGCACGUACGCCAACUCCUUCCUCGUCUCGUCCGACGUCACCCACGCAGUCAAUCCCAACUUCCUCGGCGCGUAUCUGGAAAACCACUCGCCGCACUUGAACGUCGGGCUGACUGUGUCCGCCUCCGCGUCAGGCAACAUGUCGACCGAUGCCGUUUCCACCGCCAUCUUCCAGCGCUGCAUCGAUGGGGUCGGCGGUAAGGUGCAGGUCUUCCAGAAUCGCAAUGACGGCGGUGGAGGUGGAACGAUUGGUCCGAUGUUGAGUAUGAUGACGGGUAUGCGUGCCAUUGAUGCGGGCAUCGUGCAGUUGUCGAUGCAUUCUAUCCGUGCGACGACGGGUAGUUUGGAUCCUGGUUUGGGCGUGAUUGGGUUCAUGGGGUUCUUGAAUCGCUUUGAGCAUGUGGACAAGGAGUUCCGUGGGGAUUGA